AUGACAGAGGCUGAUGUGAAUCCAAAGGCCCAGCCCCUCGCAGAUGCCCACCUCACCAAGAAGCUACUGGUCCUUAUUCAGCUGUUGUGCAGCUGCAAGCAGCUUCAGAAAGAAGUCGAUGAAGCCACCAAAACACUCAACAGAGGCAUCUCUGAGUUCACUGUGAUGGCAGCAGAUGCUGAGCCCUUGCAGAUCAUCCUGCACCUCCCACUGCUGUGUGAAGACAAGAAUGUCCCCUGUGUAUCUGUGUGCUCCACGCAGGCUUUAGGAAGGGCCUGUGGCGUCUCCAGGCCUGCCAUCGCCUAUUCUGUUACCGUGCAGUCCACUCAGCAGUCUGUUGGAAGGCUCUUGGUGUAG